AUGGGCUUCUUUGAUUUACAUGAACCUGAAGAUGGACAAGAUCGUUUUUUUUUAUAUGCAAUGAUUAUUCUUCCAUUUUGUUCUUCAGGUUCUUAUUUAUUUGAUGCAUGGUAUCAUUAUCAAUAUCAUUCAAAAGAACGUAGUUAUGAAGGGCUUUUAUCAACAAUAAUGAUUGUUUUUUCUGAUUUACAAUAUUGUGCACCAAUACGUUCACGAAAAGUUUUAGCUAUUUAUUAUAUAUUAUUAUUUAUUAUAAAAGAAUCAGCAACAAUCGGCUAUUUACUUUAUUAUAUACAUGAAAAAGAAAUAUUUAAAAUAAUAUUCUAUAGUUGUUUUUUACUUUUUGAUUUAUUAUUUACAAUUGGUUUAAUUUAUUGUCGUGUUAUGAAUGAAUAUGAAUCUCAUAUUGUUGUUGAAAACAAACAUCUAUUUCAUUUUAUGUCACGUUUAGAAGUUCUCUUAACAAUAUAUAUACGUGUUUUUAUAGAUCCUAAAUAUACAUCAUUAACACGUCAUAUCAUUGCAUAUUUUCUUUUAUUUGAUUUUUUUUCUGAUUCGUAUUCAAGAUUUCAAGGAAUAUGGAUUAAAUCAGCAUUAUAUUUAUUUGCAACAACAACAACAAUAUCUGUUGCAACUGAAUGGCUCCAUUUUAAUCAUGAAUUAGUGAUAUAUGAAAAAAUUUCAUAUUUAUCGGAACUUCUUGCAACUGUAUUCUGUGAUAUAAUUAUUAUUUUACAAUUUUUUCCAUUUCAUUUUAAAACUCAACAUGUACAAAAUAUUGCCCGAGAAGCUUUACUUUUUCAAAAACAAUUAUAUGAGAUAAAUGCAAGCUCCAAUGUUUCAGAAAGCAGCGGAAGCGACACGAUAAACGAUGCCAAGACGAACGCUGGCGAAGAAACUCAAACUUAUACGAACACAACUCUUUAA